ACUCGCCACUUAAGCUCCUUCUACCUGCGGUGAAGGAGAACUCAAAAAACCCAGCCGAUCAAGCCAUGGCCAUGAGGGCUCUCGCGCUUUCCCCGUCCCAGAGCUCCUCAUUUGGGCUCCACCAGAGUAUGCCCUCCUUCAAGCCAAGCAGCACCAGUCCUGCUAGAUCAGUCAGGGCCUAUGCGAAAGCGGAUGAGCAGGAGGAGGAGAAGAAGAAGGUGCCCAAGCAGUCCUUGUUUGGGAACAUCACCGAGGCGCUGGACUUCUCGCAGGUCCGGUCGGAGAAGGAUGCGGAGCUGCUGUAUGAGGCCAGGGAUUCCAUCAAAGAUGAAGGAAGGAUGACAAGGGAACAGUAUGCAGCCCUUCGGAGGAAGAUUGGUGGCACCUACAAGGAUUUCUUCAAGUCAUAUGUUGAAGUUGACGGUGAAUACGUGGAGGAAGGUUGGGUGGACAAGACCUGCAAAGUUUGCAAGAAAGACACAAGAGGGGAGCCAAGGCAAGUUGACAAUCUAGGAAGAUAUAUGCAUGUGGCGUGCGCAGAGAACUCGAAACCAACAAACUUCUUUUCCAAGCUCUUCGGCAGAUGAACUUCUUUUGUACCAUCAAACCCGUUGUUCGACUCAUGGUUAGAUAAAUAGAUGGAUGCUAUAACACCAAGGGAUUAGGACAGUAAUGUGUACUGUGUUGUUCAUGUGAAAUGGUUUUUGAUGAGCAUAUAUACACAUUCCAUUAUCCAA